UCUGCUAACUGUGCAUAUGACAUAAUUAAACCUAACCUAAUCCAUGCGUUUGGACCGGUUUAGUGUAAAAUAAUGAACUUGACAUAACUUCUUUUAAUAUAAUUAUUAUAUUAAACAUUAUUAUGGCUGGUAACUCGCGAAAAGUUUUAGAAGUAAUAACGAGAGCAGUAAAUAAAUCGCCAAUGAUAUAUAAUGCUGCCAUCGAAAAUGCACAAUCCAAGUUAAUUACUAUGAGGUCACUUGCAUCUACAAAGUACGAUAAUGUUGUUAAGCAAGUCAAUGGAACCACCAUAAUUCAAGACUUACGAGCUGCUUCCUUGCAACCCGCAAGCCCAUUGCCACAACGACUUGUCAAUUGGUGGCAAUGGUAUCAGCAAUUGACAGGCUUGGAUACAGUGGAGGUUGCAAAGCAGCAUGUUAUUCGUGUUCAAGAUAUUUUGUUCAAGUGCCAAGAACAACGUAGGGAUCUGACUCGUCAAGUUUCAAUAAUAAAUGAUAAAUUAAGAGAGGUUUAUGGAGAAUUAGUACAAACAAGGCGCGAUGAUCCUAAAUAUGUCCAACUUACUAUAUUGGAGAACAAAAGUUUACAAGAGCAAGCAGCAAUGAAUAAAAAACUACUAUUACUAGAAAAUGAAGAAAGAGACUAUUUUACGCAAUUAGCUACAGCUAUUAAAGAGUAUCACGAUAGUCAAGCUAUGAAUGCUCAAAAAUAUAAGUAUUUAUCAAUUCUUGCAUCAGCAGUGUUAGCAAUAGUAUCUUUAACUGGAUCUAUGAUAUAUAAUAAUAGACGGAUAACUGAUGUACGAAAUCUUAUUGCUGAUACAGAAAAAAACUUGAUAAAUAAUUCAAGUAAAAAACAGGUUGAAAUUAUAUCACACUUUGAUAACAAAAUAAUUGACAUACAAAAAUUAAUCCUUGCAACAGAGGAAAACUUAAUUGGUAAUUCAAUUGAAACUCUGUCACAACUAAAUCACGAAACAAAUGUUAGUUCCCCAUCUAUCACUACCUAUGUGGAAGAAUUGGCACCUCAAUUUAGUAAAUUUUCUAUUGUUACUGCUAGUAUAUUGUCUAUAAUUUUUUUAUCCAAAUUUUUUGGUGUUUAACAUGGAAAUGUAAUUGUAUCAUAUUUGCUAUUGUUACUUGUCAAAGUACAGUAAUUAGUCAUAUGAUCAACUAUGGCAUUUAUAUUCACAUCGUACUGUGUUAUAGCUUAAAAAGGCUCAAUAAGAGAGCUAACUGUAUAGGAGACAACAAUGGUACUCAAUUUUGUGAUUAUAAACAAAAUGUUUUUUGUAUAUUCACCGCUUCAUUUUAAGGAAAUUUAACGUCAAUUUGACGAGAAAUAAAAUAUGAUAUAUGAUAACUGAUUACGUAGAUUUUAUGAUUUUUUUCAAAGUACAUUUGUGUUAUUUAACAAAUUGCUGGUUUACAAUGUUAAAUUUACAAAAAUAUAAAUAAACGCAAUUGAACAAGAAUAUUCACAAUGUCAAUCUCUAAAACAAUACAUGUUAUGAGUGUUAAAACAUGUAUUCUCUUACUGAACUUUAUUAUACUAGAUUAAAAAUUUUACACAAUUUCGUUAGAUAUAUUUGAUGUACGUGUACUUUAAAUUCUUUUAAGAAGAAUUUCUCAUGUAUGGAUAAGUAAAAUAAUUGUAAAAUAACAAACCACAUGUCAGAUAUUUAAAUAAUUUAUCAGAAGUAACAUUCAAAUUACAAUGUUAACUGAUUAUGAAAGAUCACCAAAAAUACAAAAUUUCGAUUCACUAUGCUUCAUAUAUGUGCAAUAUAAUGAAAUUAUAACACGGUUGUAAGAUAGAUACAGUUUCAGUCAUAGUAUUCAUCUAUCAUUGAAAACCAAGUUUAUGAGUCCCAUGUUUUCCAUUCCAUACCAUCUGGAGGCUUUUUUUCCACUUUACCUUUACCUACUUCUGACCAGUUUGUACUCAACACUGUCCCACCAGAUUCUUGCUGUUUCGAAGAAAUAAAAUAUGAUUUAAACAUAAA